GCACUUCAAACAUCGCCUUGUGGAAUCCCUUAUCAGGGCUACAAGGAUUUCACUGGAUGUAAUGAGGAAACGAUUCUUCUCAAGGGGCGGUGGAAUGCUUCACUUUGAGGAUGGUUCUGGAGGAACAAGUGAUAUCAGGAUUCCAUUCUUCACUGCUGACAUCACACUGGCUAUCCCAAAUGUGGUGAUGCAGCCAAGCCUUGAGGACAUACAGUCUACUCUGAACAAGGCCUGUCAGCUGGUUUUAGAUGUCUCCAAGGGAGUUCUCCAGUGGGGUCAGGACAGGAACUCCAUCGAAAACUUCUUUUCUUCUUCUAAGAAAAAAUCUAGCACUGACUGUAUUGUCCUAGAGCAGACAAUCAGGACCUAUUACAAGCCUGUUGCCGAGAAUAAGGAUGUGUCCAAAUAUGUAAUGAUGAUGUCGUCAGCUGUCUCCUCGUUGAAAGGGUCGGUUUUGGAGGCUCUACAGAGAUACUCGGACUACGCCUUUCUCUGGGAGAAAGACAGGCAGGAGGCUGUCACUGAAUUUACUGCUGAGAAUCCUAUCCUAUCUGAGUACAAGGCCAAGGUUACCAUGUUCAAGAAGCUGGAAACAAACAUUGAUGAUAUUGCUACAUCUGAAAUUGUCGGGCCAAUAGAACUCUUUACAGAGUCCCUGAAGCUUGCCCUGCGUGUUGAAAUCAAGCAGUGGAAGUUGAUGUUUGGCCGAGAACUGAAUGCCAACUACAAAAUCAAGCUGGAUGAUCUGCUAAUGUUUAUUGACGACAACAGCAAGCGACUCAGUCGACCAAUCAGAGACCUUGAAGAUGUGAGACAGGCUAUGACAGCUCUCGCUGAUAUUCGAGAGAAUCAGAUACAUAUGGACAUGUCCCUUGGUCCCAUCGAGGAAUCAUAUGCAAUGCUGAAUGACUUCGGUGUGACAAUUCCUAAAGAGGAGCAUGACAAAGUGGACACAAUGAGAUACUCCUUCCAGAAACUCAUAUUCAUAGCUAAUCAAACGCAAGAUAACCUUGUGCGCCUACAACCAGGGUUUAAGAAGGAGUUGCUGUCAUAUGUGGAGGUUUUCCAUAAAGAUGUUGGGGACUACACACUCAAUUAUGACAUAGAGGGACCCAUGGCAGAAGGCAUCUCUCCAGUGGAGGCUAAUGACAGACUUCAAGUGUUCCAGAGUCAGUUUGAUGAUCUAUGGACCAAAUUCAGUAUCUACAGCGCUGGAGAGCAGCUCUUUGGCCUCACUGUUACAGACUACCCCACACUUGCCCGCAUCAAAAAGGAACUAAACCUCCUACAGAAAUUGUAUGGCCUGUAUGGAGCUGUAAUGACCAGCAUCAAUGGAUACUUUGACAUUCUCUGGACUGAAGUGGACAUUGAGAAGAUCAACCAGGAACUAAGUGACCUUCAGAAUAGAUGUCGCAGGCUGCCUAAGGCCCUGAAGGAAUGGCAGGCUUUUCAGGAGCUGAAGAAGAAGAUCGAUGACUUCAGUGAAUCCUGUCCCCUCUUAGAAUUGAUGGCUAACAAGGCUAUGAAGGAGAGACAUUGGGACAGGAUGGCCAAGCUGACUGGUCACACAUUUGACUUUGACUCAGAGAACUUCACUCUCAGAGACAUCAUGAAGGCUCCACUACUUAAGUAUAAGGAAGAUAUUGAGGACAUCUGCAUCUCGGCUGUAAAAGAGAAAGACAUUGAAGCCAAGCUGUCCCAGGUUGUCACAGACUGGAAUGCUAGGGAACUGAGCUUUGCCAAUUUCAAAGUCAGGGGAGAACUUCUCCUGAAGGGAGGAGAGACUUCAGAAAUUGUUGCACUACUAGAAGACUCACUCAUGAUUCUGAGCUCCUUACUCAGUAACAGGUACAAUGCCCCCUUCAAGAAGAAGAUCCAGCAAUGGGUUGGCAAGUUAUCCAACACUACAGACAUUCUGGAGAGCUGGCUUAUUGUACAGAACCUUUGGGUCUAUCUGGAAGCUGUGUUUGUGGGAGGAGAUAUCGCAAAACAGCUUCCACAGGAAGCAAAGCGGUUCCAGAACAUUGACAAAUCCUGGGUGAAGAUCAUGGUGCGGGCUCAUGAGAUGCCAAAUGUAGUAGCGUGCUGUACAUCAGACGAAACCAUGGGUCAGCUUCUGCCCCAUCUUCUAGAACAACUUGAGCUCUGUCAGAAAUCUCUCACUGGGUACCUUGAGAAGAAGAGGCUGGUAUUCCCUCGGUUUUUCUUCAUUUCUGAUCCAUCCCUGCUAGAAAUUCUUGGUCAGGCCAGUGACUCACAUACAAUCCAGGCUCACUUGCUGGGAGUGUUUGAGAAUGUGAAUAAGGUGGAGUUUCACGAGAAAGACUACGACAGGAUACUGUCCGUCAUUUCCAGGGAGGGAGAAAAAAUUAUACUGGAGACGCCAGUGAUGGCCAAGGGCAAUGUUGAGCUAUGGCUUGGAGAAAUUCUCAGGGAACAGAUGAAAUCGCUACACGGUGUGAUCAGGGACGCAUUCAGGACCAUUGGAAAUCCGGACUUUGAACUUCUAGGCUUCCUGAACGACUUCCAAGCACAGGUUGGUUUGCUGGGCAUCCAAAUGAUUUGGACACGUGAUGCAGAAGAGGCCCUGACCCUGGCCCGGGCAGACAAGAAGAUCAUGCCAACCACAAACCAACGCUUCCUAGAUAUGCUGAACAAGCUUAUUGAUCAGACCACACAUGACCUUACCAAGGUGGAGAGAAUCAAGUUUGAAACACUUGUCACCAUUCAUGUGCAUCAGAGGGAUAUCUUUGAUGAUCUAACAAGAAUGCACAUCAAGUCUCCCACAGACUUUGAGUGGUUGAAGCAGGCCCGCUUCUACUUCAAGGAGGACACAGACACUUGUAUUGUACAGAUCACUGAUGUCGACUUUAUCUACCAGAACGAGUUCUUAGGCUGUACUGACCGGCUGGUCAUUACACCACUGACUGACAGAUGUUACAUCACCCUGGCUCAGGCCCUAGGAAUGUCCAUGGGAGGAGCCCCUGCCGGCCCUGCUGGUACGGGCAAGACUGAAACCACAAAAGACAUGGGCAAGGCACUGGGGAAGUAUGUGGUUGUCUUCAACUGUUCCGAUCAGAUGGACUUCAGAGGACUGGGCAGGAUCUACAAAGGACUGGCCCAAUCCGGCUCAUGGGGCUGUUUUGAUGAGUUCAACAGAAUAGAACUACCCGUUUUGUCAGUAGCAGCUCAGCAGAUCUACAUUGUGCUCACUGCCAAAAAGGAUAGAAAGAAGGAGUUUGUGUUCACUGACGGAGACAAUGUGGACCUUAACCCAGAGUUUGGGCUCUUUCUUACCAUGAACCCCGGUUAUGCUGGAAGACAGGAGUUGCCUGAGAACUUGAAGGUUCAGUUCAGAACAGUGUCCAUGAUGGUGCCAGACAGACAGAUUAUCAUGAGAGUGAAGCUGGCUGCCUGUGGUUUCCUGGAAAACGUGCUCCUGGCCCAGAAGUUUUACACCUUAUACAAGCUUUGUGAAGAACAGUUGUCCAAGCAAGUCCACUAUGAUUUUGGUCUGCGGAACAUCUUGUCAGUACUGAGAACUCUUGGAUCCAAUAAGAGAGCCAGGCCCAAUGAUACAGAGAGCACAAUUGUGAUGAGAGUGUUGAGGGAUAUGAACCUCUCAAAACUGGUGGAUGAAGAUGAGCCAUUGUUUAUGAGCUUGAUUGCUGACUUGUUCCCUGGUAUCACCCUGGACUCAGCCACAUACGCAGAGCUUCAAGUGGCAGUUGCUGGCCAAGUAGAGGCUGCAGGUCUUAUAAACCACCCAUCAUGGAACCUCAAAGUGGUACAGCUGUACGAGACACAGUGUGUGCGUCACGGCAUGAUGACUCUGGGCCCUAGCGGAGCAGGCAAAUCCUGCUGUAUCCAUGUACUGAUGAAGGCUAUGACUGAUUGUGGGGCUCCACACAGGGAAAUGAAAAUGAACCCCAAGGCCAUCACAGCCCCACAGAUGUUUGGGCGACUCGAUGUGGCGACUAAUGAUUGGACUGAUGGAAUCUUCUCAACACUCUGGAGAAGGACACUGAAGGCAAAAAAAGGAGAACACAUCUGGCUUGUCCUUGACGGACCAGUAGAUGCUAUCUGGAUUGAGAACCUCAACUCUGUGUUGGACGACAACAAGACUCUCACCCUGGCCAAUGGUGAUCGUAUCCCAAUGGCGCCCAAUUGUAAGAUUGUGUUUGAAGUGCACAACAUUGACAAUGCCUCCCCUGCCACUGUGUCACGUAACGGUAUGGUGUUCAUGAGCAGCUCUGCAUUGGACUGGAGGCCCAUUCUUCAGGGUUGGCUGAAGACGCGUACAGCUCAGGAGGGAGAUCUGCUGUAUGGCUUCUUUGACCGGGUAUUUGAUGAUGUGUACCGAUAUGUGAACCUCACUCUCAACAUGAAGAUGGAUAUCUUGGAGUGUAACCAGAUCAGACAGGCCACUGACUUACUGGAGGGCCUAAUACCUAAGAGAGAUGACAAAGGCAAUCUGCCAGCUCACCACCUGGAAAAACUAUUCAUAUUUGCCAUCAUGUGGAGUCUCGGCGCACUUCUUGAGUUAGAAGACAGAGCUAAGAUGGAGAGAUUUAUGGUGGAUAAUGAAGUAGCAUCUCUUCCACCCAUCAAGGAUGAUGAAACCAUGUUUGAGUACCUUGUCAAUGAGAAGGGAGAAUGGAUCCACUGGAUGCAUCGUGUAGAUGAAUAUCUCUAUCCUGCUGACAGUGUACCAGAUUUCAGCUCCAUCCUCGUUCCCAAUGUGGAUAACGUCAGGACUAACUUCCUUAUUGACACCAUUGCCAAGCAAUACAAGGCUGUUUUGCUGAUAGGAGAACCUGGUACAGCCAAAACAGUUAUGAUCAAGGGUAACAUGGCAAAGUAUAAUCCAGAUGUCCACCUUGGCAAGAGCUUCAACUUCUCUUCCGCAUCAACUCCCUGCAUGUUCCAGAGAACGAUUGAAAGCUAUGUUGACAAGCGUAUGGGAAGUACAUAUGGCCCUCCAGGUGGAAGACGUAUGACAGUGUUCGUAGAUGAUAUUAACAUGCCCAUCAUUAAUGAAUGGGGAGAUCAGGUGACCAAUGAGAUCACACGGCAGAUGAUGGAGAUGCAUGGCAUGUACAGCCUGGACAAACCCGGAGACUUUAUCUCCAUAGUUGACCUACAAUUUAUAGCAGCCAUGAUCCAUCCUGGAGGGGGCAGGAAUGACAUACCAGAGAGGCUCAAACGGCAGUUCUGUAUCUUCAACUGUACACUUCCCUCCAACAACUCCAUCGACAAGAUCUUUGGAAUAAUUGGAUGUGGCUACUUCUGUCCUACAAGGUUUGAACCAGAGGUGUGUGAGCUGACAAAACUCCUUGUUCCUGCUACUAGGAGCCUCUGGCAAGCUACAAAGGUGAAGAUGUUGCCUACACCAGCAAAGUUUCACUACAUCUUCAACCUUCGAGAUUUGUCUCGUAUCUGGGAAGGCAUGUUGAAAGUUAAAGGAGAGGAGUGUAGAGAUGUGAGAACCACGUUGGGGCUGUGGAAGCAUGAGUGUACCAGGGUCAUUGCUGACAGAUUCACCAACGCUGAAGACAAGAAGUGGUUUGAGAAAGCGAUGACCAGCAUCUGCCAAAAUAAUGUUGGUGAGGAAUACCUCUCCCAACUUCCAGAAGAGCCAAUCUUUGUGGACUUUCUACGGGAGGCCCCUGAACCUACAGGAGAGGAGUCAGAGGAUGCAGUACUUGAGGCUCCCAAGAUCUAUGAGACUGUGUACAACCUUGAGAUAUUGAAUGAGAAGUUGAAGAUGAACAUGAUCCAGUAUAAUGAGACUGUGAGAGGAGGAUCCAUGGAUCUUGUGUUCUUUAAAGAUGCAAUGGUGCAUCUCAUCAAGAUCUCACGCAUCAUCCGGACACCUCGGGGAAAUGCCUUGCUUGUUGGUGUGGGUGGUUCAGGCAAACAGUCCCUAACGAGGCUAGCUUCCUUUAUAGCUAACUACAAGAUGUUCCAGAUUACACUUAGCAGGACGUACAGUGUGAGCAAUCUCAUGGAUGAUCUCAAGUACCUGUACCGAGUUGCGGGUGGAGAGGGUAACGGAAUCACCUUCAUCUUCACAGACAAUGAGAUCAAGGACGAAGCCUUCCUAGAGUACCUCAACAAUGUGCUCAGCUCUGGAGAGGUGUCUAAUCUGUUUGCCAAGGAUGAGUUGGAUGAGAUUACCCAGGAGCUGAUUCCGAUCAUGAAGAAGGAGUUUCCCCGCCGGCCUCCAACACCUGAAACCCUGUACGACUACUUCAUCUCACGGGCUAGAAAUAACCUACAUUGUGUACUCUGCUUUUCACCAGUAGGAGAGAAGUUUCGAAACAGAUCGCUCAAGUUCCCGGGUCUGAUCUCCGGUUGUACGAUGGACUGGUUUAGUAAAUGGCCUCGUGACGCUCUUGUGGCUGUAUCCAACCAUUUCUUGUCCAACUUCGAUGUGGUGUGCUCACCUGAGAUCAAGCAACAACUAGUGAACAAUAUGGGGGUUGUGCAUGACAACGUGGCUUCAGUGUGUGUAGAGUAUUUCCAAAGGUUCCGGAGACAGACUCAUGUGACCCCCAAAUCCUACCUCUCUUUCUUGGAUGGUUACAUUACACUGUACAAACAGAAGCAUGAGGAGAUAGGAGAGCUAGCUCAACGUAUGAACACCGGUCUGGAGAAGCUCAUUGAGGCUAGCGUAUCAGUGGACCAACUGUCUAAGGAGCUUGUGGUUAAAGAGAAAGAUCUGGCUGUGGCUAAUGUAAAGGCAGACAAGGUGUUAGUGGAGGUGACAGCCAGUGCCACUGCAGCUGAGAAGGUGAAGGCCUCAGUACAGGUAGUGAAGGACAGGGCCCAGAACCUUGUAGACGAAAUCAACGUUGAGAAAGAUUAUGCUGAAGGCAAGCUUGAGGCAGCCAAACCGGCCCUCGCAGAGGCCGAGAGAGCUCUACAGACUAUCAAAUCGUCCGACAUUGCAACAGUGAAAAAGCUUGGCAAGCCACCCCACCUUAUCAUGCGUAUCAUGGACUGUGUGCUGCUGCUGUUCCAGAAAAAGAUUGAUACAGUUACUCAGGAUCCUGAGAGACCUUGUCCAAAACCUUCCUGGAGUGAAUCUCUCAAGCUGAUGAGCGGUUCAGGAUUUCUACAGAAUUUGGUUGCCUUCCCUAAGGACACAAUCAAUGGUGAAACAGUGGAACUACUUGAGCCUUACUUGAGAAUGGAGGAUUUUAAUCUUGAGACUGCCAAGAAAGUGUGUAGUAAUGUGGCCGGUCUCCUAUCGUGGGCAACUGCUAUGGCUUUCUUCUAUGGAAUCAACAAGGAAGUCCUUCCCCUUAAGGCUAACCUGGCUGUACAAGAGGCAAAACUAGGUGCAGCCUCUGUUGAACUCAACAAAGCUCAGGCACAGCUGGACGAGAAACAGAAAGAACUGGAUGCUGUACAAGCUCUCUAUGAUGGGGCAAUGAAGGAAAAACAAGAACUGUUAGAUGAUGCAGAGUCUUGCAAGAGAAGAAUGGUGGCAGCCUCGGCCCUGAUUGGAGGACUUGGAGGGGAAAAGAUUCGCUGGACAGAACAGAGCAAGCAGUUCAAGUCACAGAUUGAACGGCUGGUAGGUGAUGUUCUCCUGUGUACUGGGUUUCUGUCCUACUCCGGUCCAUUCAACCAAGAGUUCAGGAACAAGCUCAUCGGUAACUGGCAGAAGGAGAUGUACCAGAGAAAAAUACCCUUCACAACCGAGCUUAACCUUAUCAACAUGCUGGUGGACAAUGCUACAAUUGGAGAUUGGAACAUGCAAGGCCUGCCCAAUGAUGACUUGUCCAUCCAGAAUGGUAUCAUCACCACCAAGGCCACACGCUACCCUCUCCUCAUUGACCCCCAGGGGCAGGGCAAGAGCUGGAUUAAAAACAGGGAGAAAGAUAGGGAAUUACAGGUCACAUCUCUGAACCACAAGUAUUUCCGUACCCACCUGGAGGAUGCUUUGUCUCUCGGUCGGCCUCUUCUUAUUGAAGAUGUAGGUGAAGAGUUGGAUCCAGCUCUCGAUAACGUGCUAGAGAAAAACUUUAUCAAGUCGGGAUCAACUUUUAAGGUGAAGGUUGGAGACAAGGAGUGUGACAUCAUGAAUGACUUCUACCUCUACAUCACCACCAAACUGGCCAACCCUGCCUACACUCCAGAGGUGAGUGCGAGGACCUCCAUUAUUGACUUCACUGUCACCAUCAAGGGUCUGGAAGAUCAGCUGCUUGGAAGAGUCAUCCUCACUGAAAAACAGGAAUUGGAGGCUGAGCGCGUGAAGCUGAUGGAAGAUGUGACGGCAAACAAGCGUAAGAUGAAGGAACUAGAAGAUAACCUGCUCUACAAACUAACCAGUACAAAGGGUUCUCUGGUAGAUGAUGAAUCGCUUAUUACUGUGCUGGGAGUGACCAAGGUAACGGCAUCAGAGGUCAGUGAGAAACUGACAGUGGCUGCAGAGACUGAGAUCAAAAUCAAUGAAGCCAGAGAAGAGUUCAGGCCAGUGGCAACUAGAGGCAGUAUCCUGUAUUUCCUGAUCUGUGACAUGACCAUUGUGAACAAGAUGUACCAGACCUCUCUCUUACAAUUUCUUGGCAUCUUUGACAUCUCAAUGGCAAGAUCUGAUAAGAGCCCAGUACCUGCCAAGCGUAUCCAAAACAUCAUUGACUACUUGACAUUUGAGUCAUUCCGCUACACGUGCCGAGGUCUUUAUGAAGAACACAAAUUCCUCUUUGUGUUGCUCAUGACCUUCAAGAUUGACAUGCAGCAGGGCUGUGUUAAGCAUGAUGAAUUCCAGACAUUCAUCAAAGGUGGAGCGGCCCUUGACUUAAAUGCCGUGACCCCAAAGCCAUUCAGAUGGAUCUCAGACAUAACCUGGCUAAAUCUAGUCCAGCUGAGUGGCCUGGGCCAGUUCUCUGAGAUUCUCAACCAGGUGACCCGCAAUAACCAAGGCUGGAAGGCGUGGUUCGAUACUGAUGCACCUGAGGAGGAGAUUAUGCCUGAUGGAUACAAUGCUGCACUCGACUCAUUCAAGAAACUUCUCUUGAUCAGAUGUUGGUGUCCGGACCGCACGGUCCCCCAGGCUAGGAAGUAUAUCAGUGACAGUAUGGGCUCUGCAUAUGCUGAGGCUGUGUUGUUGAACCUUGAAGCCACCUGGGAAGAGAGUGACACUCGCACACCCCUGAUUUGUUUCCUCUCGAUGGGAUCGGACCCAACUAACCAGAUAGAAGGGCUCUGUAAGAAGAGACAGCUAGAGUUUAGAGCAAUAUCGAUGGGCCAGGGACAGGAAGUCCAUGCCAGAAAACUAAUCCAUGCUUUUAUGCAGACUGGUGGCUGGACACUGCUCCAGAACUGCCAUCUGGGCCUUAACUUCAUGGACGAGCUGCUAGAUACGCUGGUACAGACCCCGCAGAUACAUGAGAACUUUCGUGUUUGGAUUACAACUGAGCCUCAUGACCAAUUUCCCAUAAGUCUAUUACAGGCCUCCAUCAAGUUUACCAAUGAGCCACCCCAGGGAAUCAAGGCUGGCUUGAAGAGAACAUAUGCUGGAAUCAGUCAGGACUAUCUGGAUGUCUGCUCCAUGCCACAGUGGAAACCUAUACUCUUCGGAGUCUCCUUCCUACAUACUGUUGUACAGGAAAGAAGAAAGUUUGGACCCCUUGGUUGGAACAUUCCCUAUGAAUUCAAUUCGUCCGAUUGGCAGGCUAGCGUGCAGUUUUGCCAAAACCAUCUUGAUGAUAUGGACAUGAAAAAGGGAGUGUCCUGGGUGACAGUUCGCUAUAUGCUUGGAGAGGUACAGUAUGGAGGCAGAGUCACUGAUGACUAUGACAAGAGGCUUCUCAACACAUUUGCCAGGGUGUGGUUUGGAGACUUCAUGUUUGCAGACAGCUUUCAGUUCUACACUGGCUACAAGAUCCCCAAGGUUAAGACGUAUGACAUGUUUAUGCAGCACAUAGAGCUUCUACCACUGGUCGACUCACCGGAGGCUUUUGGACUCCACCCAAAUGCUGACAUCACGUACCAGACCAACAUGGCAGCCAACAUUUUGGACACCACUAUGAGUAUCCAACCCAAAGAAGGAGGAGCUGGAGCUGGUGAGAGCAGGGAAACGGUUGUGUUCCGUAUGGCUGAGGACAUGCUCGAUAAACUUCCGGCAGAUUACAUUCCUCAUGAGGUAAAGGACAGGUUAAGGAAGAUGGGCCAUCUUCAUCCCGUUAACAUCUUCCUGAAGCAGGAGAUUGAUCGUAUGCAGAGAGUGAUCAAUAUUGUCCGCAUAACCCUCAGUGAUCUUAAACUGGCCAUAGAGGGAACCAUCAUCAUGUCAGAGAACCUGCGUGAUGCCCUGGACAACAUGUUUGAUGCCAAGGUUCCAAACCUGUGGCGUAAAAUCUCCUGGCAGUCUUCCACUCUGGGAUUCUGGUACACUGAACUGCUUGAGAGGAAUGAACAGUUUAAUCGCUGGAUAUUCCAGGGGAGGCCUGAUGUAUUCUGGAUGACUGGGCUAUUCAACCCACAAGGUUUCCUAACAGCUAUGCGACAGGAGGUAACUCGAGCUCAUAAAGGCUGGGCGCUGGACUCUGUCACCUUACACAAUGAUGUUCUCAAAGCAAGCAAGGAGGACAUCACAAGUCCACCAGCGGAGGGCGUGUACAUCUUCGGCCUGUACCUUGAUGGAGCCUCCUGGGAUAGGCGUAACUGUCGCCUUGCAGAGUCUCACCCCAAGGUGUUGUUCACGCUGCUCCCUGUGGUUCACAUGUAUGCCAUCAACUCAACAGCGCCCAAAGACCCCAGGCUCUAUCAGUGCCCCAUUUACAAGAAGCCCCAAAGGACCGAUCUCACCUAUAUAUCGUUCAUUGUUCUGAAAACCACACAAAGUCCUGAUCACUGGACACUUCGAGGUGUAGGAGCCUUGUGUGACAUCAAGUAACUUAUUGACAUUUUUUGAAGCAAACUAGGCUUCUAUUUAUUAAUGCAGUUUUGUUUUAAUUUAUUUGUUCUUUCUCAUUUAUAAUGUUAAGAAUUACUGAAAUAAACUACUUAGAUUUA